AUGUUCAGAAAGGAUCAAUCAAAUGAUUCGUCACAUAAUAAUGAAUCUACUGAAGAAGAAUUGGUUGAACGAUUUACAAAAAUAUUUGGUCAUAAACCAAAACACAAUCCUCCUCCUCUCGUAAAGAAUAUAGCGAAAACAAAUGAUUCGAUAAUAGACUUGACCAUUGUCCCUUCAAAUAAUAAUGUUUCCUUGACAUCAAAUUUAACCAAUGCCCAAUAUAAAUUACCGAAAUUAGAUGAUGAAAUUGAAAAUUACUUAAUAGACAAGGAAUUAUCAAAUGAUUUUAGUGAGAUAGAAAGAAGAUAUAAUCAAUUGAAAGAAUUUAAUAUUUCGAAUGCACAAUCCCAAGAUAAUAAAAAGAUUAUUAAGGAUGAUGAUUUAGGACCUCCGCCUAAACCAAUUGAUUUGUCAGAAUUUGGAUUGAAUGAAGAAGAUCCUGAUACUUGGUGUUGUAUUUGUAACGAGGAUGCUACUAUAAGAUGCAAAGACUGUGAUGGAGACUUGUAUUGUCAAUCAUGUUUUAAUGAAGGGCAUUUUGGACCCGAUUCAGAUUAUGAUAUGAAACGACAUAUAUUCGAGAAGUAUGAAAGACGCGUAAUUGAAUUAUAA